AUGCCCCCCAAAUUCGACCCCAAAUCACCUGAGAACGCCUCCCUGAUCUCCUUGUUUCAGUCGUUGGGAUUAGCCGAAAAAUCAGCAACCGAAUUAGUCAGACAACCCAAAUCCGGUGUAGCUUUCAAGUCUCUCAUCGAUGAGUUCCAGUUGACGGAUAAGAGGUACGACGAGAAAACUGCGAGCGCUCUGGUAAAGCUUUCUGCAUCUGGAGGGAAACUAGGGCCAGCGGAGAAGGGUUUCAUAGUGAAGAAGAUUGAGAGUGGGGAUAUAAAGUCAACAGAUCAAGUCGCUGCUGCUGUCAAGUAUACAGAAGGUAAUCCACCCGGUACACCUAUAAAUGAGGAUGAAUUUAAUAAGGCUUGUGGUGUUGGAAUCGAGAUAACGGCCGCUCAGCUGCCUGAGCUACUCAAAUCAUACGUAUCUUCUCUUCCUUCACCACCUGAGAAUUGGGCAAGUCUCGGAGCUGUAUUAGGUGGUAUAAGAAGUGGUACAUCUGAUUUGAAAUGGGCAAAUGCAGGAGAAGUCAAAUCAUCUUUAGAAACCAUCUUCACCGAUUUGUUCGGUACCAAAGGAUCCGCUCAGGCAGCUGCCAAAGCCCAAGCGGCAGCUUCAGCCAAAUCAAAACCUGCGCCUAAACCCAAAGCUGUAGAAACACCUGCUUCAGCUGAAGCUUCAUCAUCCACUACUCCUGUCAUCCCAACUAACAUCUUCAAAGAAGGUUUCUUAUCAGAUUUCCAUAAGCCAGGGGAGAACCCUCAAAUCAAUCCUAAAUUGAAAGAACAACAUCUGGAAUUCACCAAAGGAAUGGUAUAUACCCGUUUCCCACCUGAACCCAAUGGAUACCUGCAUAUCGGACAUGUAAAGGCUAUCAUGAUUGACUUUGGAUAUGCCAAAUUCCAUGGUGGUCGAACGUACUUACGUUUCGACGAUACCAAUCCUGAAGCUGAAGAAGGUAGAUUCUUCCAAUCUAUCUUAGAAACCGUCCGAUGGCUGGGAUUCGAACCGUGGAAGAUCACAUAUUCCAGCGACAACUUUGACCAGCUAUAUAAGUGGGCAGUAGAAUUGACCAGAAGGGGUAAAGCAUACGUCUGUACAUGUAGUGCUGAAAAAAUGAAGGAAGACAGAGGUAUGGGUAAGGGUCAUCCAGUACCGUGUGAACAUCGUGAAAGACCUGUAGAAGAAUCAUUGAGAGAAUUCGAGAGGAUGAAGAACGGGGAAUACCCCGAACAAGGUGCUGCGCUGAGAAUGAAGAUGGAUCUGACGAGUGGUAAUCCCUACAUGUGGGAUAUGGUGGCUUAUAGAGUCAAACUGGCUCCUCAUCAUAGGACUGGUGACAAGUGGAAAAUCUACCCCACCUACGACUUCACACACUGUCUUUGUGAUAGUAUAGAGAACAUUUCCCACUCCCUUUGUACCGUCGAAUUCAUCCCCGCUCGAGAAUCUUACGAAUGGCUUUGCGAUGCUUUAGAAGUAUACAAGGCUAGACAGUACGAGUUCGCUCGUCUCAACUUGCAGGGGACUUUCCUCUCCAAGCGAAAGAUUGCCAAAUUGGUCACCAAGAAACUGGUGAAAGAUUGGGAUGAUCCUCGUCUUUAUACCAUUAUCGCCUUACGAAGACGUGGUAUACCUCCCGGAGCAUUGUUAUCGUUUGUAUCGGAAUUAGGAGUGACCACAUCCGAGUCUGUAACUGAAAUCAAGAGGUUCGAGUCAUCUAUCCGAUCGUACUUGGAGGAAUCAGCACCACGAUUGAUGAUGGUCCUCAAUCCUGUCAAACUCAUCAUUGAAAACGUCCCUGACGAUUAUCGAGUACCUGUUCAGGUACCAUUGCAUCCUAAAGUACCAUCUAUGGGUACCGUCGAGACGUCAUUUACGAAGGAGGUAUAUAUCGAUGCCGAAGAUUUCAGAGAAGUUGAUUCACCCGAUUAUUUCAGGCUGGCACCUGGAAAAUCCGUUGGAUUAUUCAAAGCGCCUUAUCCCGUCACAUGCACUUCCUACACCAAGGAUCCAGUCACAGGUCAAGUUACCGAGAUCAGAUGCAGAUUGGAGGAUGGAGGCAACGUGAAGAAGGCUAAAGCGUAUAUUCAAUGGGUCAAUGUUCCUGAAUCCAUCAAGGUUGAAGAAGUUCGGUACUUCAAGCCGUUAUUCAAGUCUGAUCCGCCACCUGCAGAUUUCGAAUCUGACGUUGACCCGGAUUCGUUGGAAGUAUACAAGAACGCGGUUAUAGAACCUGCUUUCUACGAAUUGGCCAAGAAAGCUAUAUUAGAUGCCAGGAAGGAGAGUGAAGAAAGGACGAAGAAGGCUCAAGCUGAUUCUGCACCAACAAACCCCAACGAACACAAACCGCUUGAAGGUAGUGAGGCGGCCAAACAUAUGGAAGAUGAACCCGUCGCUACAGCCGAGCAAUUGGUCGGUAUGGAGAAUAUCAGAUUCCAAGGUAUGAGAUUAGCCUACUUUGCUGUAGAUAGAGAAAGUAAGAUUGGUUGUUUGGAUGAGGAAGCCUCGAUCAAACCUGGUAAGAAAGAGGGUGAUAAGAUCGUAUUGAAUAGGAUCGUAUCGUUGAAGGAAGACUCGGGUAAGAAGGCUUAA